AUGGCAAACAGUGCCCCUUCGGAACAGAGUCACCACCACUGCUCAGCCGUCAACAGCAGCCUCCCGCUGAUGCAGAGCGACCUCCCCACCCUGACCUUAUCUGGCAAGAUCCGAGUGACAGUUACUUUCUUCCUUUUUCUACUCUCCACAACUUUUAAUGCCUCUUUCUUGCUGAAACUUCAGAAGUGGACUCAGAAGAAAGAGAAAGGGAAAAAGCUCUCAAGAAUGAAAGUGCUUUUAAAACAUCUGACCUUAGCCAACCUGUUGGAGACUCUGAUUGUCAUGCCGUUGGACGGAAUAUGGAACAUUACAGUGCAGUGGUAUGCUGGAGAGCUCCUCUGCAAAGUGCUCAGCUAUCUGAAGCUUUUCUCCAUGUACACCCCAGCCUUCAUGAUGGUAGUGAUCAGCUUGGACCGGUUCCUGGCCAUCACGAGGCCGCUAGCUGUGAAAAGCAACAGCAAGCUCGGACAGUCCAUGAUUGGCGUGGCCUGGCUCCUCAGCAGCAUCUUUGCUGGACCACAGUUAUACAUCUUCAGGAUGAUCCAUUUAACAGACAGCUCCGGCCAGACAGGAGGUUUCUCUCAGUGUGUAACACACUGCAGUUUUCCACAAUGGUGGCAUCAAGCUUUUUAUAACUUUUUCACCUUCAGUUGCCUCUUCAUCAUCCCUUUUCUCAUCAUGUUAAUCUGCAAUGCAAAAAUCAUCUUCACCCUAACUCAAGUCCUUCAUCAGGAUCCUCACAAACUACAACUGAAUCAAUCCAAGAACAAUAUACCAAGAGCUCGGCUGAGGACCCUAGAGAUGACGGUUGCAUUUGCCAUUUCCUUUACUGUCUGCUGGACUCCUUACUAUGUCCUAGGAAUUUGGUAUUGGUUUGAUCCUGAAAUGUUAAACAAGGUUUCAGAUCCAGUAAAUCAUUUCUUCUUUCUCUUUGCUCUUUUAAAUCCAUGCUUUGAUCCACUGAUAUAUGGAUAUUUUUCUAUGUAGUUGAUAGACUACAGAGGAAGUCAUGUAAAGAGCAAGGUAAGAAGCUCCUUCAUAUGGGAAUGAUAAACACAAAGGUUGCAGUAUACUUAGAUACAAACAAGGCAGAUAUUAAGGUUGUGUUAUCAUCCCUAUUCUUUUAGAAAUUACAUUAUCAGAGACUUAAAUACCAGAAAAAGAAAACCUUCAGGGAAAAUUAUGAAAUAUUUCUCAAUAAGCUUCUGAAUUAACUGCUGCCCUUUCUAAACACCUAUAACACAUUGUAUGGGUUUCUUAUCACUUUCUCCUUGUAUAAUAAUAUAUAAAUACUCAAAAUAGCCAUGACUUGAGGCAAAGAAAUUCCAAAAUGUAAGGCUGAGAAACCACAAUACAAUUUUAACAUAGGCAUGCCUUGCAGAAUUCCAAGAGGCUUAGCAGCAAUUACAACCUUAUACUGCAGUAAUACACAGAGCACAGAGACAGAAUUUCCCCUGCCCAUAAGGUCAAUUUUCCCUCUUGUAGUUACAAAACAUACGAUGAGUCUUAUUUUUACUUUGGCUUCUGAAGCCUUCUGCAGUUUGUAGUAUUCAGCAACCAAUACCCCAUCCAUCCAACUCCACCAAACUGACGAGACAUAAAAUAGUCCUUCACUGUGAAGUGUCUUCAUUAAAAGGGAAGUUGUAGCAGUGUUAGGAUUUGAAUGGGGGGGUUAGAACAUCUAUCCCUCUAGGCUAGAUGGUCUGUGGAGUUUAUUUUUACAUACAAUUA